AUGGUUCAGAUUUGUAUUGAAGAUCCUCCAUAUUUAUUUACAAUUCGUUUAACAACAUAUGAAGCAUUUAUUCAAGCUAUUGUUAGUCGUGUAGGUACGACGAAAAUCUUGCCAAUAUCUUAUUUUGAUCGAAUAAAAAAUACAUUUAUUCAAAUCAAUGGUGAAAAUAUCGAACCACUUCGACGUAAAACUCAUUUCAAAAUUCGUUUAGGUAGAUUAGAAUCAGUACCAUAUGAAGGUGAAUUAAAUAAUGAAGGAGAAAAACAUGGUCAAGGAAUGUAUCGAUGGCAAAAUGGUCGAACAUAUGUUGGAGAAUGGUAUAAAAAUCAAAUGGAAGGUGAUGGGGUUGAAUUAUGGCCAAAUGGAUCAAGAUAUCAAGGACAAUUUAAAGCAAAUAAAAGACAUGGUCAAGGAACUUUUACAUGGGCAGACGGUCGACAAUAUAUAGGAGAAUAUCGUAAUGAUUAUCGACAUGGUUAUGGUGUAUGUACAUUCCCAAAUGGAUAUAAAUAUGAUGGACAAUGGUAUCAAGGUAAAAAACAUGGACGUGGCAUUGAAAUAUUUCCUGAUGGACAUCGAUAUAAUGGAAUGUUUGAAAAUGAUAAAGCUAUUGCACCUACAUCGGAAUAA